AUGGAGAAUGGAAAGCAACUAACAGGGACAUUAGCCCUGGCUGUGUUCACGGCAGUGCUGGGGUCACUGCAGUAUGGAUACAGUCUGGGAGUGAUCAACGCGCCGCAGAAGGUGAUCGAGCGGCAUUAUGGGAGGUCUCUGGGAUUGUGGUCGGACAGGGCGGUCCCAGCGUCGGAGAACCACACUGAAGAGGACCAGGUGGAGCUGGAGGCCGGACAGCACCCAGCGGUCACCAUGUACUGGUCCCUGUCUGUGGCCAUCUUCUCUGUCGGAGGAAUGCUCUCGUCCUUUCUCGUGGGCUUUGUGGGAGACCUGAGAGGAAGGGUGAAGGGAAUGCUGAUGGUGAAUGUCCUGGCCGUAGCAGCUGGACUCCUGAUGGGCUUGUGCCAAAUGUGGAAACCUCACAUCAUGGUCAUCUCUGGACGCGCCGUCAUGGGCUUCUACUGCGGCCUCACCUCUGGUCUCGUGCCCAUGUACAUUGGAGAGAUUGCACCCAAGAGUUACAGAGGAGCCCUGGGCACAUUGCAUCAACUUGCUAUUGUCGUUGGCAUCCUACUCAGCCAGGUGAUAGGGCUGGACUUUGUGCUUGGCAAUGAUUCAUUCUGGCCCAUCCUGCUCGGCUUGUCUGGGUCUCCUGCCAUUUUACAGUCUCUUCUUCUGCCCUUCUGCCCUGAAAGUCCAAGAUACCUCUACAUUGUUCUUGGAAACGAGCAAGAAGCACAAAAAAGCUUGUAUCGUCUCAAGGGGAAGUAUGAUGCGACUGCUGACUUGGAGGAAAUGAGGAGAGAGAAGGAGGAAGCUGACAGGGAGGCUAAAGUGUCCAUUUGUUCCUUGAUUCGUUCUCCUCUGUAUCGCGACCAGUUGGUCGUUGCCCUCAUGAUGCACAUCUCUCAGCAGCUGUCCGGCAUCAACGCUAUCUUUUAUUACUCAACAUCCAUCUUUGCAAAAGCGGGCAUCGCUCAGCCCGUCUAUGCCACCAUCGGAGUCGGUGUAAUCAACACAGUUUUCACUCUGGUGUCUGUGGCGCUUGUGGACCGAGCUGGAAGGCGCACUCUGACUUUAGCUGGGUUGGGAGGGAUGUGCCUGUGUGCCAUAGCAAUGACCGUGGGCCUCAAAUUCCAGAACGACUACGCCUGGAUGAGUACCCUCAGCAUGGUGGCCAUCUUCCUCUUUGUGUCCUUCUUUGAGAUCGGCCCUGGUCCCAUCCCCUGGUUUAUUGUGGCUGAACUGUUCAGCCAGGGCCCCAGACCGGCAGCCAUCGCUCUGGCCGGCUGCUGUAACUGGACCUGCAACUUCAUCAUCGGCAUGACCUUUCGAUACAUACAGGAAGCAUUGGACUGUUAUGUUUUUAUCCUGUUCGCUGCGCUCCUACUGUGCUUCACCAUAUUCACUUAUCUUCGGGUCCCGGAAACCAAAGGAAAGACAUUUGAGGAGAUUUCUGCCGUUUUUCAUAAGGGACGUAAAAAGAACGCCACAGACACUGAAUUGCAGCAGCUCAAAGGCUCCACCGAGGCUUGA